AUGUGGUCGUGGUUCGGUGGCGCCGCAGCCCAAAAGCGGAAGGAUGCGCCCAAGAACGCGAUCCUGAUGCUGCGGGAACAGCUGGAUAUGCUUCAAAAGCGGGAGACGCAUCUGGCAAAUCAGAUGGAUGAGCAGGAGAACGUGGCGAAGAAGAACAUCAGCACAAAUAAGAACGCCGCCAAGGCUGCGCUCCGAAGGAAAAAGGUCCAUGAGAAGAACCUCGAACAGACGACGGCGCAGAUCGCCCAGUUGGAACAGCAGAUCUACUCGAUUGAAACUGCGAAUAUCAACCAGAAGACCCUGGAGGCGAUGAAGAACGCAGGCUCCGCCAUGAACCAGAUCCAUGGCUCGAUGACUAUCGACAAGGUGGACGAGACAAUGGACGAACUCCGCGAACAACAUCAACUCAGCGAGGAAAUUGCGCAGGCCAUCACGAACAACCCGCUCGGCGAACAGCCAGACGAGUCCGAGUUGGACGCAGAACUCGAGGGUUUGGAACAAGAGGCCAUGGACGAGCGCAUGCUCAAGACAGGCACAGUACCGGUCUCGGAUCAACUCAAUCGGCUACCUGCCGCAGGGACUGGGGAACUCAAAAACAAGCCACAAAAGACCGAGGAAGAAGACGAGGAAGCAGAGUUGGAGAAGUUGCGUGCAGAGAUGGCCAUGUGA